AUGUGUAUUAAUGAUAUUGAAGUCAAAUUUAAUGGUUUGCUUGAACAAAUAAAACAACUUCAACAAGGAAAUGAAUCUAAUGAAACUGGUUUAAAUUAUUUAAGAAAACAAUUAAUAAAAAUUAGUCAAGAAUUAAACAAUCCAUCAAAUAUGUCUAGUCCACCAAAUUCACAACCGCUUAUCAAUGAUAUUUUAAUUAUUUCUUCGAAAAAGCCAAAAUUCAUGAAAUGGAAACAAAAUACCAUUACUGUGGUUGGUGAAAAUAUAGAAGUUGAAAAAUUAAAACUCAAUCGCCCUCAAAGAAUCUUUAUCGAUAGAAACAAACAUAUUUUUAUUGCUGAUUUUAUGAAUCAUCGUGUUAUUGAAUGGGAAUGUAAUGCAAACACAGGACAAAUUAUUGCAGGUGGAAAUGGCAAAGGAUACUCAGAGAAGCAAUUGAGUAAUCCCAUAGAUGUGAUUUUUGAUCAACAAACUCAUUUCAUCAUCAUUGCUGAUCUCAGUAACAGACGAGUGAUUCAAUGGAUGAAUAAAGAUCAACAAAUUCUCAUUCACAAUAUUGAUUGUUAUGGCUUGGCAAUGGACAAAAAUAGAUUUCUCUAUGUUUCUGAUUAUAAGAACAAUGAAGUGCUACAAUGGAAAAUUAGUGCAAACAACAAAGGAAUUGUAGUUGCUGGUGGAAAUGGACCAGGUCAUCAACUCAAUCAACUCGAUAGUCCUACUUUUAUCUUUGUUGAUGAAUAUCAAUCUGUUUAUGUAUCAGACAGAAGAAUUGUGGCUGGAAGUAAUAGUAAUGGAGAAAAUCUCAAUCAAAUAUCUAAACCUGAAGGAAUAUUUGUUGAUGAUUCGGGUCAAAUCUAUGUGGCUGAUUAUGGAAAUCGUCGAAUAAUGCGUUGGUAUGAAGGAAAAGGUGAACUUGUUGUUGGUGGAUAUAAACCAGAUCAGUUGAGUGGACUUAUGGGUUAA